AUGAAAGAAAACGAUAUAUUUUUGGAAAAAUAUCGCAUAGAAAGUGUUCUUGGAUCAGGAGGAUUCGGCGAAGUUUAUAAGGCCAAAGAUUUAAAGCAUAACAGGUAUGUAGCUAUCAAAAUUGAUAUAACCAGAAAAAAUCAAGUUGUGCUUGAAGCAAAAAUACUCUCUGCGCUCCAAGGAGGUGAAGGAAUCCCAAAAUUAUAUGAAUCAGGCAGAAAUGAGGACAUCAGCUACAUGGUCAUGCAGUUACUAGGAAAAAACUUAGGCAGCAUUCAAAAAGAGCAAGGUGGAAAAUUUGACAUAGGUACAACAGUUUCUGUUGCUUUACAAAUUCUCUCAAGGCUUGAGUAUAUUCAUCAUAAAGGGUAUAUUCAUCGUGAUAUAAAACCCCAGCAGUUCCUAUUAUCUCUUGACGAAAAGUCUAUUUAUCUGGUUGAUUUUGGGCUUUCACAGAAAUACGUCUACGAUAAUCAUCAUCUAGCUUUCCAAAACCACUGCUCAAAAGUAGGAAACUCAACCUUUGCAUCUCUAAAUGAUCACACUGGACUCCGGCAAAGUCGCAGAGAUGAUUUAGAAUCAUUAGCUUAUAUGUUAAUUUAUAUGUACAAAGGUUCUUUACCUUGAAGUCACACAUCAAAAACAACCAGUGCGAAUAGGUGGCAGCAAGUUUUAAAUAUAAAAUCAGGAAUUAUGCCUAGAUAAUUAAGCAUGUAUAUAUAAUAAAUAUAAAAAAUUUCGCAUUGUUUGCAGUAUUAUAGCAUACUGUUACUGAUUUAUGUGAAUGCUGUCCACACAAUUUCGAGGUAUUCUUAAAUUAUGUGAGGAAUCUUCGAUUUGAAGAAACCCCAGAUUACUUCUAUUUAAAAUCCCUGCUUGAAGAUAUCAGGAAUAAAGAAAAAGUCGCUGAAAACUAUUUUGUGUGAUUAAAUAAAGAAGAAACUAAAAAGCCUGGGAGAUUAAAGCGAAAGUCCUUGCUGACUCAAAAAACUGAGGCAAAAUCAAAAACACAUAUAGAAAGCACCUUUAGACUGUUAGACGCUAACGCCAGCAUCACAAAAGAACUCACACGGAUGCAAAAACAGAAGCAAAGGUCGCGCACGAUGAUUCCAACAAAAUCUCCUGACUUCACUGACCCUGAAGAGCUCUCCAGGACUCUAACAAGAGAACUGAGAGUUUCAACUCCUAAGGCAAAUCCCCACAUUUUUUCUCCAAAAAGUCAAAAUGACGCAGUUUUUGAAGAGCACCCAUGUGAUGAAAACUCGCUAGACAUAACGGCAGACCUUAAUAUCACUCCGAAAUCAAAAAUGCCUGAAAUAAAAAACCGAGAAAUAAUCAGGAAAGCAAAAAUCACUUAUACGGAGACAGAUAGCACCAAGCCUACACAAAAAACUCCAAGAAGCAAUAAUUGUCAAAUUUUUUAG